AUGCUGGCCGCCCGUACUUUCGCUGCGCCCAUGAGGCGGCAGGUUCUGCGCGCUGCCCCUCGCGCCGCCGCCGUUUCCCAGUUCCAGAACUCCAGAUUUUACAGCGAGAAGGUCGCCAAGUUCAACGGCGUCAAGGACUCUAACGGCAACUACCCGGUCAGCUUGAUUGAGGGUGACGGAAUCGGUCCCGAGAUCUCCCAGGCCGUCAAGGACAUCUUCGCCGCGGCAAAGGCCCCCGUCACUUGGGAGCCUGUCGAUGUCACUCCCAUCCUCAAGGAUGGCAAGACUGCCAUCCCCGAUGCCGCCAUUGAGAGCAUCAAGCGCAACAAGAUCGCCCUGAAGGGUCCCCUCGCCACCCCCAUUGGCAAGGGCCACGUCUCCCUCAACCUGACUCUCCGCCGCACCUUCAACCUCUUCGCCAACUUGCGUCCCUGCCGAUCCGUCGCCGGCUACAAGACCCCCUACGACAACGUCGACACCGUCCUGAUCCGCGAGAACACCGAGGGUGAAUACUCUGGUAUCGAGCAUGUCGUUGUUGAUGGUGUCGUCCAGUCCAUCAAGCUCAUCACCCGCGAGGCCUCCGAGCGCGUCCUCCGCUUUGCCUUCCAGCACGCCCGCGAGAUUGGUCGCAAGAAGGUCCGCGUUGUUCACAAGGCCACCAUCAUGAAGAUGUCCGACGGUCUCUUCCUCAAGACCGGUAACGAGGUCGCCAAGGACUUCCCCGAUAUCGAGUUCGAUGCCGAGCUCCUCGACAACACCUGCCUGAAGAUGACCACCGACCCUCUCCCCUACAACGACAAGGUCCUCGUCAUGCCCAACCUGUACGGUGACAUUCUGUCCGACAUGUGCGCCGGUCUCAUCGGCGGUCUCGGCCUCACCCCCUCCGGCAACAUCGGCGACGAGUGCUCCAUCUUCGAGGCUGUCCACGGCUCCGCCCCCGACAUUGCCGGCAAGGGCUUGGCUAACCCCACUGCUCUCCUGCUCUCCUCCAUGAUGAUGUUGCGUCACAUGAGCCUCGGCGAGUACGCCGACAGAAUCGAGAAGGCUGCUUUUGAUACCCUCGCGGAAGGAAAGGCCCUCACUGGUGACCUGGGUGGCAAGGCCAAGACGGACGAGUUCGCUGGCGCCAUCAUUUCCAAGCUGUAA